AUGGAAUCCCAUCCUCUAAACCUGGCACAUCAACAACAUCGACGUGCUGAAGCUCAUUUAAUUAAUAAUAGGUACGACGAAGCUAUGCAGUGUCAUCAUAACGCCGCAGAAUUAUUGUUAGACGCAAUGAAAUCAACUACGUCAUCAGCAGCUUUAGAAUCGAUUAGCCUACAACACAGUUACCAUCUGAAACAAAAGGAUCUAAUCAAGAGUAAGAAAGACCAAUAUGCUCGAGUUAAAAAAGCAAUGGAAAAUAUUAAAUUGUUGAGUAAAGAUCCACAUCUAAAUCUCCAAAGUAAUGAGCAUGCAAAGCUACAAGUUGCUAUUUAUAGAGCAAUAAAUGAAUCUGAAGCUUUAUUACACAAGAUAUCCAAUGAAGAUAUAUCAUCCUUUGAAGAUACAACACUUAGGGGUGAUGUUACAGAUGGCAAAAAAACAGAAAAAACCCAACAAACAAUUGUAGAAGAAUUGCAAAUUCUCAGUCAGAACUUGCACUCACUUGUAGAACAACUAGUACUUCAAAUUGAAGUUCUUAAGGAUGAAAAUGUAUCUCUUAAAGAAAGAGUGAACUACUUAGAAAAGGAAAGAGUAAAAUAUUUGAACUUGCCUUCAUCAUUUUCAAACAAUCAGCAAAAUGAAUUUUCAUCAAUGUUUGCACCAAAAGAAGAUUCAAGUAAUGUUGCUGGUGAUAUGGACCCAACAAGGUUAAGUGAACCUUUACACUCUCUUAUACUUGAGCAUACAAGUCAGCAGUCUCAUUUUGACUUAAGUGCAUUUAAAGACAAUUAA